AUGAAGUCGAAUUUGCUGGCCAAACGUUUUGCUGCAGCCCAGAAGGGCAUCAUGUCUGCCUUGGAAUUGAAGGCAAGGCACAAGCUAACGCCGAAAGUACGUGACUCUGACACAGGUCUAUACUUUGCUAACGGGGGCACUACGGUGCUAACCUAUGAAAAGGUGUUGUGGGCAGCCAAGCAGGGUUCUCCAAUGCAUAUAGCUGCUGGGGCGAUUGCCAUGCAAAUGGUGAGUGUCAUUGAGAAUCUAAACGGCGUAGGUAAGAGGACGAAAGACAAGUAUGCCAGAGUUUAUAGCAAGGACUUCGAAGCAAUGGUCCACCAACGAAACAACCUGGUCCACGGUUUUGGACAUGCGGACGUCGAGAAGACGAAGGUCAUGAGGGCGCAAUCCAUCGAACACUGA